AUGUCGGAUGGUAUCGUCCUUCAACCUGCAUUGAACGAGGCGCUGGGCCCAGCGUUAAUCGGCACGAUAGCUGCUCUCGCGUUGGUCAUGUCCAUCAUCGAUGCAGCAUUGUACGGUUUGAGCUGUGCUCAGGUGAUUUACUACGCUGCAGCGUAUCCCAAGGACAAAUUACUUCUGAAAGGCUUGGUACUCAUGCCCUCUAGGCUCCUCGACACAGCGGCAGCCGUCGUCGAUGCCAUGAUUGUAUGGCAUUACACAAUCAAGACAAAAACUGAUAUUAUAACGUUUAUCGACGUGUUCAGAGGCAUGUUGCGGCAGUCCGAAUAUGCGCUUGCUGUGGGUGAUUUUAAACUAUACGGGCACACAAACCUCACCGCUGAGCGCUUUGGACAGGCACCGACCAUCUUCAUUGUCCAAUGCGCGAAUCAAGUACUGGCUCACCGCACCUACAAAUGGCCCCUGACAAUUAUCAUGGUGACCGGCCUCUUACAAACAUCAACAGCCACCUUGGUGGAUAUUUGCGCAACGGUGACCCUGCUCUUCGUUCUAAGAGGGCAAAAAACCGGGUUUAAAGCGAUCGUGCAGAUUGCGCAUAUCAUUACUUAUGUCGCAACGACGAAGUCUGCAUUAUACUGGACGAUCUUCCAUCUCCCAGCCAGCAAGAUCCAUUUCAACUCAUUCCUUGCUGUACUCAACGCCCGUCAAUAUCUUAAUAGAAGUGGACAGAAGUACCUUUCUAACGGCUUUUCCAUAAUGGAUCUUCCGGGCGACCCUACAUCUCCGGAUGACAUACCGCUAGGCGAUCGGCAGUACGCAUUUCUCUAUCAUUUGUUCAGAAUGGGCAAUAUUGACCAUGCCUCUCGAUACAUUGGAUAUGAAUCGUUCCAGGCCCACACAAUCCAUGAAUGA